CAUCUGUGUAUAUAACAGCUCAUCUCUCCUUCUCCCUCUCUCCCUACUGACCCUGUGCAUCAUCUGCAGGCAGAGAAGGUGCCACUGCGGGUGACACAUUGGUGCCCCAUUUCCCCUUCCCACCCCACAACACCCAGUCUACUCUGCACCUUGGCUGAAGGAUGAAGGGUAGAUCUCUUCUCACACUCAGCAGGCAGCUGGUUAAAUGUACCCGCCUCACUCAACUCAGGCACUGCAAUCUGGCAGCCUGUUCACUGCAGCACAAAGAUGCAAACCUGCACCCUUUGUGGAAAGGACCUUUAGAUAUACCUGGAGGAUCUCGCCAAUCUCCUAUUAACAUCCGUGUGCGUGACAGCAUUUACCACCCUCAGCUUGCACCCAUCAGCGCCCAGUAUGACCCCAAUUCGUGCCUGCACGUCUGGAACAACGGCUAUUCCUUCUUUGUAGAGUACGACGACUCCACCGAUAAAUCGGUGGUGAGUGGGGGCCCGCUGGAGAACCCGUACAGACUGAAACAGUUCCAUUUCCACUGGGGAGUGAACAAUGACUGGGGUUCCGAGCACACUGUGGACAGCAAAGUGUAUCCUGCAGAGCUCCACCUGGUGCAUUGGAACUGCUCCAAAUAUCGGACCUUCGAGGAGGCUAUUAUGGAAGAUAAUGGUCUGGCUGUUAUUGGAAUAUUCCUAAAGCUUGGAAAACACCAUCAGCAGCUGCAGAAUUUGGUUCACAUAUUGCCUACUGUCAGAUAUAAGGACUCUCUUACAGGAUUCAAUUAUUUUGACCCGUCCUGCCUUCUUCCAACUUGCAGCGAUUACUGGACUUACUCGGGGUCUCUAACCACCCCACCGCUGACAGAGUCAGUGACCUGGAUUAUAAUGAAGAAACCAAUUGAAGUGGACCACAGUCAGUUGGCUGUGUUCCGCAGUUUACUCUACACCGCUGUGGGGGAAGAGGAGAAAAACAUGGUGGACAACUUCCGUCCUCUCCAACCCUUGAAGGACCGCACUGUCCAUUCCACCUUCCAGCCAGCCCUUAAACUAUCCGAUUUGAAAAAGGAUGAUGGGACGUCACAGCAAAGGCAAGCUGGAUAACCACGCUCUACGCCUAAGGCCAGGGUCUGAAAUGGCAGUGAUAUCGCCCUUGUCUAUGGCCUGAUAACGGCAGUGUGUACAUGAGUGGAAACACUGCCUGUUCUGAACAAUAUAGUGAUACUGUGUAUGACCUUAUAUUGUAGCAUUCCCACAGCACAGAUACCUGCCUCUGAAAUGUAGACUGGGAUCAUAUUUUACUACUUUUAUAAUGUUCUACCCUUGUUUAAGUCUCUCCCUCUCCUUAAUACUUCAUUCGGCGUCGAACCCACACUGCACAGAUCAUCCUAAACACGGAACUUGGCACUAGCUGUUAGGAACAGAGUCCAGGAACCUCCUCUAAUGCUAUCACAAUAUGGCAAUUUUUUCCUAUAUUUUCUAGCGGUGCUUUACAAUAUAUACUAUCUAGCACAAUCCGGAAUCGGAUCAAGCAUGGCAGAGGCCGGAGCUCGCUGUGCGGAUCUCUGAUACAAAUCGUGGACCAUUUGUGAUGGGUGUAGUAUAAAGUAAAGUUUUGCAGUACCGUGGCUUAAUGACAUAUGUGGCCUCGUCCACAUUGCCUUAUUUAACCCCCGGUGGCAAUGUGUGCCAAUGUUUACUGACCAGAAACUUCCUUUGGUUUAAAUCGAGUCUCCCCAGGCAGAUAGGAGCAACUGUUUUUUUUUUUUUUUUUUUUUUUUUUUUUUUAAUCCUGUUCUAAUGGCUACAGGGGGGGGGGUAAUUUGAAGCAAUCUGUAAGGCUUGCACUCUGCUUCAUGUAUAGAGGUUAGGUAUGCUUACGCCUGGUACUAUAACAUUACAGGUGCCUAUUUAAUACUCUUAUUACUCUUUGGGCAGUCUGCAUUAGUUAUAAUGAUGCAGCUGACUUUAACGCACUUAACGCAGAAAUUAUAUUUACGGCUCAACUGCGGGGAGUCUUGCAGCGCCAUGCCUUUUCAUGAAACAAACCUGCCUUUAUUUUAUUUUCUAUUUUUGUAAUCCUUCAUUUGGAAUCCAUUUAAUUUAUAAUUAUGUAGCUGCUCUAGUCAUCCCCUGUGUUUAUAGACAAUACUGUAGUGCAUGGGUUCCAGGUCACCCAUUUAUUCUGACCUGUAAAAUAAAUAUAUAUAUAUAUAUAUAUAUAUAUAUAUAUAUAUAUAUAUAUAUAUAUAUAUAUACCUCAUUUUACCUAAUGUAUGAUUGUGGAGUUUUGGGGAUUAAAGCUCCCAUGUUAUUACCCUAUAAAUUAGAUUAUCUUCUCCAAUGGUUUAUGGAAUUGUGCUUCACUUUAAAUGUGUUUGCAUCUGUCUGUGUCAGUGUAUGUUUUAUCAUUAGUCAGCCAUGUUUUGUGAGUCAAUAUCCACAAGCAGUUCACUGGUUUCCUCAAGGAGGCAUAGAGAACCUCUUAUCACACUGCCUCAUCCCUCAGCCCACAAUAUGGCAGCCUCCAUGUGGGUGACGGAUACUUUUACUGUUAACUUUAAAUGAAAUUGUUCCAGACAUCCAGAGACUGUUCACUGUAUAAUAUAUUCGUUCUGAUGUUCAGUAAAAAUGUCUUAGUAGACUGUCAUCAUCUCAGUUGUUGAAUUGUAGCAGUAUAUAUACAAGAGAUAAAGAACUGUAAAGUAGAAUAAGUUUAGGAUUAUAUAAUGGUGUUGCAUUUGGCCUGGCAUUUCUGGUGCAUGCUGUGUAAUAAUUACAGUCAAACAAAUUCAAAGUCGUUAAAUGUAUGUGGGUUUGAUGUCUGUCUAAUACACCGAGGUUAGUAAAUUGGGGUGUACUCGUUUUAUUGUGGAGAAAUUGUGAGUUCCAUUUUAAGGUGAAUCCUGUUUAUCUUGUUUUUAAACAUAUAUGAAUUCUAUUCUAUAAAACUUUAUAUAUAUUUUAUAUGUCUGUUUUUUGCUUUUUUUGCUUAUAAGAAAUAUUGUUAGAAUCAAGAUAUUAUGCAGAGUAUAUACAGUAUGUCACACCCUAUGAGAGGGGGCUUGUUCUAAUUAUACCCUUCGACUGUUCGAACAACAGACUAAUCCUGUUUAUUUUUUAAAUAAAGAACUUUUUUCAAAAUC